AUGGAACAAGAUACAAAAUCGACUACAAGUAGGGAUGGUGAUGAAAGCCAGGGCGCAGUCUUGAUUCCAGAACACUUGGUUGAUUAUGAUCUCACUCGACCUAUUCGGCCCAUUACGGGCAUGAGACAGGGCCUGCCAAACUAUGGCGAUCCGCACUUCGCACUCUUCCUGCGCAAAGUGUUCAUCAAAGCCCUCGGGUACAGCGAAGACGCGCUAUCACGACCCAUUAUUGGCAUCAUUAACACCUUUUCGGCGUUCAAUCCGUGUCAUGCCAAUGUUCCGCAGCUCAUCGAGGCGGCCAAGAGAGGGGUGCAGCUUAGCGGUGGGCUGGCCCUCGAGUUCCCCACCAUCAGUAUCCAUGAGUCUUUUUCAACGCCUACGAGCAUGUUCCUACGGAACCUAAUGAGCAUGGACACGGAGGAGAUGAUUAAGGCGCAGCCUGUAGAUGCGUGUAUCAUGAUUGGAGGGUGUGAUAAGACGGUGCCGGCACAGAUAAUGGGCGGCAUUUCUGCCAAUAAGCCAGUUCUUCCUCUGAUUACAGGGCCCAUGAUGCCAGGUAGUUUCAGGGGAGACCGGAUAGGUGCUUGCACUGACUGUCGAAAUAAUUGGGCGGCGUAUCGUGGCAAUGAGAUUGACGUUGAGGACAUUUCUGGAUUGAACGAAGAACUAGCACCAACAGCUGGAACUUGCGGGGUCAUGGGCACAGCCAGCACCAUGGCCUGCCUAACCGCAGCACUGGGCCUGAUUCCCCUACGCGGCGGCGCCACCGCACCUGCAGUCUCCAGUGCCCGUCUCCGCAUAGCCGAACAAACGGGCUCCAACGCCGUCGAAGCCGCCAUCUCCAAACGCACCCCACAGCAUAUCCUCUCCGAGGCUUCCUUCCACAACGCCAUCACUGUCCUCCAAGCUAUCGGCGGUUCCACAAACGGCGUCGUGCACCUCCUCGCCAUUGCCAAUCGGCACCCCGAAGUCCAAGGCAAGAUCACUCUCCAGACACUUGAGGACCUAGGCAGGAAAACACCUCUACUGGUAGACCUCAAGCCCAGCGGAAGUAGCUACAUGACGGACCUGCACAACGCCGGCGGCAUGUCCGCACUCAUGCAGACCCUGCGUCCUUUACUCAAGCUAGAAGCCCUGACAAUAUCCGGGCAGACACUAGGCGAGGUCCUAGACGCUGACCCUUUUCGCCCCUUCCCCUUUUCGAGACAAAUCAUCCGAUCUCUAGACGAUCCUCUUCACCCAGCUUCCAGUCUAUGCGUGCUCAGGGGCAACCUAGCCCCCAACGGCGCAGUCAUCAAGGCCAGUGCGAGCAAGUACCGCCACCUGCUCAGCCACCGCGGCCGCGCCGUCGUAUUUGCCGGCCCAGCUGACCUCGCGAAUCGCAUCGAUGACCCAGAUCUCGACGUUGACGCGGAUUCUGUUUUGAUCCUGCAGGGAAUUGGUCCAAUUGGAUUCCUAAACCCAGGUAUGCCGGAGGCGGGAUUGGUUCCUAUUCCGCGCAAGCUGGCCGCUCAGGGGGUCAAAGACAUGCUCCGGUUAUCAGAUGGGCGCAUGUCCGGCACCGCUGGGGGAAGCAUCGUGCUGCACAUUUCGCCAGAAGCGGCGCUGCCCGAGAGCGUGUUAGGUAUUGUCCAGAAUGGGGAUAUGAUAGUGUGCGAUGUGGAGAAGCGGGUGUUGGAGAUUGAACUUAGUGAGCAAGAAAUCCAAAGAAGGAUAGCGGAUCGGAAGCCGAGACUAGAGGGGACAAAGGAGAGUAGAGGCCCGUCGGAAAGGAAGAGACAGCCGACGAGGGGUUAUAGGGGGUUGUAUGAACGGUGUGUUAAUCAGGCGGAGGAUGGGGUUGAUUUUGACUUUCUGGUGGCGGACGGGGCGAGGGCUUGUACGACAUGA